AUGUAGACAGAGACAGAAUCGCUACGAAGGCAGACACGGGCGUAUAUGAAAUGUCAUGCCUACAUCCAGUCCACCCGCGGAUGACGAUUCAGCUGCCGAUAUAGAGGUCGACGAAGACGAUCAAGUCUUGCCGCCAGACCCCACUACAGUCUCGCACUACCUUGCACAUCUCUAUGCCCAUAACAAUGACGUCCGCUCACAUCUCAUGGGAAGCCCACAAACUAUAGACGACUAUGUCUGUGCCUCGUACUUUGCACCAAGCGCAUAUUGGACCACCCAGGAGAAGGAUCAGUUCUUCCAUGCGCUGUCCGUCCACUCGCGCCUUAGGCCUGACCUUAUAGCCGAGGAGAUUGGCACCAAGACUCUUGCGGACAUCUGUACAUACAUUGACAUGAUAGAAGACGGUUUGAAGCGUAGCGGAUACUCUGGGGACAGGACGACAGAGCAGAUAAUUCCCGAAUACCUCGACUGCGAGUCCGUGCCUCGAGGAGACUUUCCGAUCGCGUACGAGGUCUGUGACGAGUGGGUCGACUUCGAGGAGACGCUUGCAGAGGCGGUCAUAGCUCAAGAGCCGGAUAUGGUCGCGGAUGAGCUCAAGAAGGCGCGAGAAGAGGAAGCCCGCCAGCUCCAGCUCCAGAUUCGCGCGCGCAAGGGUAGUGCUAAGCUGGCAGGCAACACCCGCGAUAGGGAAGGCGAGAAGGUGCGCAAGAAGCGGUUCAAGGAGUGGCUAGAGGAGAAGGAGAAGGCUUGGAAAGAGGAGGAUGCGCUGAACAGCAUGGACGUCGCUUUGAUGAAGACGAUCGACAUGCUUUUACGCGAGCGCGAUGAAGCCAGAGCUUUAGUGCCGCGAGAGGGACCAGCUGGAGGCCAGGGCAACGCAGCUAUGCCUGAGGCUCAUCUUGUAGAGGCUAGCGACGGUUCGGUUAACCCGCCUGUCCUGCUGCCAAAGGCCUUCGACGACUUGGACGAGGAACUCAUAGACCCUUCGCCUCGUGCCUCAUCGUCUGCCCCGACAGUAGUACAGACAUCGCAGCCUGAAGGCCUAAACCGAUCGCGUUCGCCGGAGCCUUCUGCGCUCAAUCCACACGAUAACCUCAAGCCUCGGACGCCACCCUUCCCGCAUCUCCGGCCUACUGAGAGUUCUAGUACGCUCAUCGACCCAGAGCAUGACAUCCUUUCUGCCUCUUCUGCCGCUGCCUCCUCUGACGUCGCGCCAUCUGAAGCCGAAGCGUUGCUGUCACCUGCUUCUCGCCGCCGCCUCAUGAAGCGCAUGUACAUGCGGCGCAAGCGCGCUGAGAAGACCGGCGAGGUGGUCGAUCGGAGGAUCGCACGACUGAAGCCUGGUCGAAAACCGAUGAAACUUCCAGGCGAGGCGGAGAACGAGAAUGAGCCGACUCGCCACCCACGUCCGUCAGGCAAGCCGUUGCAGGCGAAGAAGAAGGAAGAACUCAACACCGCGGGUAUCACCGCGGAGUGGCUCGAGCAGGGAAGCUUGGAUCUCUUCCAUUUCGGCGCGCUCUACAAGCUCAUGAGGUAAGUUUGCGCGUUGU